UGAAUUCGAUCACACCUUCGUUCGUCGUGAGAAACGUAGGAUCGUGACGCACCGAUUUCUCGAUUUCUUUCUUGUCGCAUCGAUUAUCGUGUAAAAUAAUAUCAUUGUUUUAUCACAAACCGGCCGUUCUUAACAAUUAAAAUCCUCUAGUGAACAACAUUACAUCGUUGUCUUCUAUUCUACGUUUUCAUCCGUAAGGGAUUACUUCUUCUUGUACUCAUUUAUCAUCGCUGUUUACUCAAAUAUGGGGAUGGAUACUGCGGAAUCGUCUAUACCGGGCUUCUUCGCCGGCCGAAGCAUAUUUAUAACAGGUGUAACAGGCUUUAUUGGUAAGGUGUUAAUCGAAAAACUACUAAGAUCCUGCCCUGAUAUCAAGGAGAUAUUUCUGCUAAUGCGACCAAAGAAAGGAAUAGGAAUUGAUGAUAGACUGAAGAAUUUAUUAACUAAUAAGCUAUUUGAUAAAUUACGAAACGAGCGACCAUCCUGUUUUGAAAAACUUGUUCCUGUGGCGGGAGAUAUAGGUACUGAGGACUUAGGAUUAUUGCCUGUGGAUCGACAAAUGUUAAUUGACAGAGUGUCAGUUAUAUUCCACAGUGCGGCGAGCGUGAGAUUCGACGACUCUUUGAAGGAUGCGAUUUUUUUCAACAUCCGAUCAACACGGGACUUGUGUAUCUUGGCUAGCAGCAUGAAAAAUUUAGUGGUCUUUGUGCACGUUAGUACGACAUAUUGUCAAAUUGACAAAUACGUUGUCGACGACAUUCUGUAUCCCACGGAUAUCGAUUGGAGGCGGACGAUUGAGAUUGCCGAGUCCGUCGACGAGUACAUCCUGAAAAUACUGACAAUGAAAUAUAUGUGUGCGAUGCCAAACACCUACGUCUUCACGAAAAUGCUGGCGGAGCAAGUGAUAAACGAUUAUUCCGAAUCGUUUCCCUGCGUCAUCUUGCGACCAUCGAUAGUUAUAUCGAUGUUGGAUGAGGACCCCAUAAAAGGUUGGAUAGACAACUUCAACGGACCCAUUGGAACAUUGGUCGGAGGUAGCAAGGGUAUCUUGCGUGUAUUAUACGCUGAUCCUAAUAUAAUCAGUGACUACGUACCGGUAGAUUGGGCCAUCAAGAUAUUGAUAAUAACAGCCUGGAAACGUGGAACUAAAACCAUCUCCGAGGAUAAAACGGUUCAUGUUUACAACUUCUCGGCGAACAAGAUUAAAAAGUUAAGUGUAAACCAAAUCCAGGAAAUGGGGUACGAGCUUUUGCGAGAAAUUCCUUUUGACACAACGAUUUGGUCACCAAGUACUAUGUUAACAAAUCGUCGAUGGUUAUAUUAUAUUUUAAUGUUGCUGCUGCAUAUCCUCCCAUCAAUAUUCAUAGACGGUGUCCUGAUAUUGUGCGGAGCAAAACCAAAGUUAUUGAACUUACAAAGGAAAGUGUACAUAACGAAUAAUGCCUUGUCGCAUUUUACUUUGAACGAAUGGAAUUUUAACAACGCCAAAGUCUUGGAUCUAAUUAAUUCGCUUAGCGUUGAAAAUAAGGAUUUCAGAAUAAACUACGUUGACGUCAAUAUACGGGAAUACUUCAAGAAUGGAAUCAUUGGUGCAAAAAUUUACUUACUAAAUGAAGACAUGAAUAACCUGGAAGUGGCCAAAAGAAAUCGCAAGAGGAUGGAUUUGCUCCACAAUAUAAUCAAGACAAUAUUUAUAACAUUCAUCUUAUGGAUACUUUAUAGAAAAAAUAUCCUGUCCAAUAUCGUAAACGCAAUCGCUUAUAUAUUCUAUAUAAAUGUCUGAGGGUUACUCCAGAACUAUUCACACCUGCUAAUAGGCUGCAGCAUUUUUUUUUUUAAUUAAUAAUUGAGGUAUCAGAAUCAUAAAUAUAUAAUUAUUCAAGCGUGAUUGAUUUUUCGACAUCAUCACUUAUUGGCUAUGGUUAUAGGUAAAAAGAUAGGAAGAAAAUUUUUGCAUCACUUACGUUCGAUAUAUCCAAUAUUUUGCUCAUAGUGACUUGGGGAGUAAGGAUAUGUAAAUACUGCGAACUAUAACAUGUGAGAUAAAACAUAUCACAUUGCUAUAAUUAGUAAUCACAUUUUAUUGAUGCCGCACUCGUUCUAUCUUCUUACCGAGAAAUGAUCGUUGAUCUAAAGUUACAUAUGCAGAUACCGUUAUGGUCUCAUGACUUUAUAUCCAAACAUGUUAUAUAGAUCGAUAGACAACCACAUUUUAUCAUUAUAAAGAGAAAAAGUGUGGGAAAGCAUCGAAGUUCACGGUUAGUAUGUUAAAGAUCACCGAUCUGCAACUUACCGUUGCGCCACCGAUCUUUAUCGAUCGAGAUACGCGUCACCCAUGCUUCCAGGAGCUAUAAAAUUAGAUCAUAAUAUAAAAAUAAUGAACUGGCGUGCGUACGUGUAUGCGUGCAUGCGUAUCCACAAUUGUGGUCACGCGAUAUUUUAAUACUGUGUCUCUACGUGUACGCUAUUAUUUUCGUGGAAAACUGCCAUCGUUUCAGGUAUUAAGAAAACCCGUUUCGCAAUUCAGGGAAAAACGCGACCUGGUCGGUCCGGAUCGUCGUGAAACUGUUGGCUGAAUAUGCAAUUUUACGCCAUCGAUUAUUUCUCGGUAGAAAGGCGAAGUAUGUAUGAUAUCGAAUUUAUUUGAUUUUGUCGCCGUUUCUCUCUCGCCUCAUGCUGACGCAUAUCCAUAUGAAAAAAAAGAUUUCAGGUCGAGAAUGAGGACCAGACGUUAAAAAUUCGCCGUGACGAGAAAUGAUAUCUGUUACUGCGAGCAUAAACAUUCAGCUGCACUAAAACACGGUUGAGAUAAUUGAGGGCAAUCGGAUUUGGAUAGAAGUCUCCUUAUUAAUGGAAUCUUUCUGCUGCUACGACUGAGUUUUUCAUUUGAUUAUCAAAUAACAAGAAAUUCAGCACUGACAGAAUUGCUUUUUGUGUGCAAUAGAAUUGAACAUUGGAGACACUGUGUCAGUAUCGAUACUGAAUUUUCGCGUCCAGAAGUACUCGCCAUUGAUCGUGGAUAGGGAUAUAAAUAUGUUUAAAAAAUAUCAAAAUAACCGUACAAUAUGAUAGAUUUAUAGUGCGAUUCAUUAGAUGUUACAAACGCUUUGAAGCGCGUAUGGAGGAAAUAUGAUUAGUCCAAAUACGGCGUUUCAAAGCAUUUGUAGCGUCUAAUAAAUCGCACUCUUAAAGUAAUUGGACUAAUUACUUUAAGAGUGCGAACCGGAUUCAUUCGCUAAGGCCGUCAUUCUGAACUCUCUUAUAUCGAUAAAAAUAUCUUUAAAUGUGUCUGAGAUCCAAGCAGAAAGCUUAUAAGUUACAUUUAGAGAUACUUUUAUCGAUAAAAGAGAGUCCGGAAUAAGAAUUUAAGAGAUUAACAGCUAUUCUUGAAUAGGCACGACGAAAUAAAGAGACUCAUGUAAAACACAACAUAAAUAGUCGCGUAUGGAAAUUACCCAAGUUAGAUAAUAAAGCACAGAAGUACAGAUUUUCAAUUUUAAAUCUCA